UGCUGCAGACAACCCCACAGGCCCACAGCCCUGCGACACUUCCUGGAGAAUUUGCAGCAGCAUGUUUUCAGCUGCCUUCAAAGGAAAUUCCACCUCAUCACUCUGUCUUCCGAACUCAAACACGUCUGAGAGUAAGGGAGCUGUAGAGAUGCCGGCUUCCAACCGCCCUGCCGGCACCGAAGCAUCCCAGGUGAGUGAGACAAAGGCGGAUGGAGGUACAUUGAGCAGACAUAUGGAGCGCAACAAGCAAUUAAAGAGAUUGUCCCUCAGACCACUGGAAUACAUGGAUGCCAACCAAUGCAUUGAUGACCUUCUCAAACAGCUUGAGGAGCAGCGCUGCAACAUUCGGAGGGAAAAACUGUCCGUGGCUCGCCUGCAGAGGGAAGUCGCACGGAGCAAGAGUGAGGGAACAAUGCGAGAAAAGCUGAUCCAUGAGCUAGAGGAAGAGCGACGCCUGCGUCUGGAGAGCGAGAAGCGUCUCCGAGAAGUGACGGAGGAAUCCGAGCUGGGCCGGGCACAGAUCGUCUCCCUGCAGCAGCAAUUCUCCAGGUUGGAAGAGACAGUGCAGUCACUGCUGCAGAAUCAAGGGGUCAUGGAGCAGACGGCAACAGAGACAGUGGACAUCAUGAAGGCCUACAAAGAGAAACUCUCAGAGGAAGUGCAAAAGCAGCAUGAUUGCCCAGAAGAGAACAGCCCCCUGCUGGCGACUCAGGUGGAGCCUGAAUCUGGGAAGCGGCCGCACGCCGACACCAGCCAAACAUACGAUAACGAUGACAGAACCAAGCUCCUGCUGGAACGCCUCAAGACCCUGGAGGAGAGGAACUCAGUCUUGGCAUUGGAGAAUGAAAGCCAGAGGGAGCAGUAUGAACGCUGUCUGGAUGAGGUCGCCAAUCAAGUCGUGCAGGCACUUGUUACUCAGAAGGACCUGAGAGAAGAAUGUCUAAAGUUGCGCACUCGAGUUUCUGAUUUGGAGCAGCAGAAUCGGGUGCUGGGGAUUUUGUUCCAGCAACGUAUCAAGCCCACCUCCGAGCUGCUCCUACAGAAACUCCAGUCACGGAUCAUGGAUCUGUCUGCGGCUGACUUGCUCCAAGAGCCCGAGAGAAGCAAGGCUUUCUUACUGUCCAGGAACACCGAUUCUGCUUCGACUGAGAUCCUUUUGAAUGGAAAGUUAGGUUUGCCCAUCACAAAGUGUCUGAGCCAGCUGAGUCUGACAGCGCCGAUGCCAGUGUACCCACGCAGCAGCUGUAGCAGCAGUGAAUUGUCCCUGUCAAGCGCAUGCAGUGAACUCUCUAGCGGCUCCUACACCUGGAACGAUGGCCGAUCCUGUGGGAAAGUGCAUUCAUCUCUCACCUGGGAUAAGAGCCUAAGUUUGGGUUCAUCUGCCCCAGGUAACAUCAGCGCCCCACUGGAGGAACAUACGCCUACCAGGCGCAAGGAGACCAACAUACUAGAGGGACUGAGAAAAUUACAGAGGAGGAAGCAAAGGUCCUCAUCUUCAUCCAGGGUCUCCAAGUCCGGCUACAAAGACUGUAUGAACUCUAACGAAGGCAUUUACACACUUGGUAUCAAGAGUAGCAGUAAAUGUCUAUCUAAGCCCACCCUUGUUGGAAGAGCAUCGGUUCUUGUAGGAAAAAAGUUUUUGUAUGAUUCUGACGAUGCAGAUGAUGAGCUUGUGCAAUCCGGCCAUGCAGCUGACAUCCCCAAUAAGGACAAUUGGUUCUACUGCAAGAGGCUCUCCCAGAGCAUCUCUGACACGCUCUGUAGCUGGGAGGGGAAACAAGACAGUGGAGGUGUGGGUGACAAUAGCUCGGGCGACGGUGUGGAGACCAAGCCCCCCACUGAAUUUGACUCAAAUGAGCGUCCCGAGAAACUCACAAGUUUCAUCAGCAGCUGUCUCACCGAGGGUGGACGGCCAUCAGCUUUCACUAGAGUGUCAGUGCUGCAUGUUACCCCUUCAGACCCAGAAGGUUCCAAUUGCUUUUCAGAUAUGGACGAUCUAGAAGAACUCAACUGUGAUUCUAGGAAUUUGCAGGUGCCCUUAAGCCAAGGAACAGAGCAAGUGGAGACGAUGUCCCGGGAUACUUUCAAGCCGCUCAUGCCACAACGCUUGCAAAGGGACCAAGUACGAGCCCAGUCUGCGGAUGGGAGACCAGAACCUGUCAAGACACCUAAAGAGACAAAUAAUUAUCUGUCCGAGGAGAGCAUAUUGGCAGUAUUUGAUGCACAAGGGGAGCCAAUUGAACUAAGUCCUCAGAAUCUUACCAAGGGUGGUGGACCUAUAAUUGGUAUUCCAGUUAUCAAAGUAGUGGAUAAAUACAAUGAAUUAGCCCCUCAGGAAAAGCCAACAAGGCAAAAAUCCACACAUACAGGAAACUACACAGUCCUUGAUUCUCCAGAGAAGCCAUCUGAAUAUCAGCUCAGGACUAGCAAAACUAAUAAUUGCAGAGGGGGCAAUUCAGAUCGUUUAUCGAUGCAGCUUACUUCACAGAGGAAGUUAAUCAAACCACCCAGCAGCCGAGCUAACAAAGGACAUUCUAUCCCGCCUCUAAAUGAUUCUGCCAGUUCUGUAGCUGGUGGGUCAAAACUACGAGGUUGUAAUAAACCUUCUGCAUCUCCAAUCAGACUGUCAAGGGGCACUACCACUGAGCUGAACAGUGGAAACUCAGGAACUCCUAGUCAGGAGAGAACACCCCCACCUCCAAUCACUAAAAUGUCCAGGUUCAUCAAGAGCUCCCAGAGCCCGAAGGUGGUGAACUCCAAGCUUACCAAUAGGUCUGAAUGGAGUAAGGGCUCUUCCCCCAGUUCACCUCGACUCUCAAGGAGUCAUUUAGAGUAUGCUGACAAUUGUGAACAGCCAACCAGAGACAAACACUGUGAAAGCAUAACAAACAAACUCAGGUCCCCUUCACCACCCCCUCCCCCUGGUCGCACCACCUCCUUACUGAUCAAACCAAAUUACGAGGGGUCACCUGAAGCACAUAAAAUAGGGGUGGCUCUGCCAUCCACACCAACCACUGUGAGGGGCCCUCCCCCAAGUUACUACACCUCUCUCCAACCAAAUAUGCAAGCGACACUACCCAUUAAAGAUAAAGACGUAGACAUGGAUGCCGGCUAUGGGACUGCACUUGCACCUCAGAAACUGGUUGACAAAACCAGUCAGCACCUUCAAAAACCCUCUGGCAUGACACCUAUUACAGGCACUCCCACGCGGAACACCACAAAAGACUACCUCCCUCCCACAAACUCAGGCUUUGACCUGGAGUCUGAAAAUGCACCUAAAAGCUCAAAGAAUGUCCCUCCUCCGUACUGUGCCGUCAGAGGGUCCUCUCUUUAUAGCUCAUUUGCAAGUAAGAGAGGGUCCACCCAUGAAUAUGACCACCAGUCUGUGCAGAAAUCCUCAGUUAAUUUAUCAGUUUCACUUCAGGAAGCCCCUCAGACGAAAAAAGAGCUACAAAACUUAAAACAUGUUAUCAGUCCGCCAAGCCCAGUUGUGACUUCCCCUAACUCAUCAGAAAAGGGUCAAAAGACUCGCAUCUCGAUGGGGUUCAAAGCAUUUUUAAAAUAUCCCCCCAGCCAUAAACGUAGUCCCUCUUUGCCAGACAAGCAAGAGAAAGAUCAUAUCAAUUUAGUUUCCAAGGAGACUGUGACUUCAAACGCCUCUAGCCAGUGUGACAGCUUGCAGCCUGCGUACAGUAUUGAUUCUCCACCCAAGAUGUCUGUUACAGAGGCAAAAGGUGAGGUUCACUGGAGCUUACUGGAAGAGGCAGUAAAUCCCGUUCUGACACCAGAGGAGGGGGAUGUCUGUGAUAAAGGGAAAAGGAGUAGUCAACUUUUCUCUCGAUCCAUAUCCAUUACUACCAAAUCCCAUCUAAAGCCAGCCUUGGGAAUGAAUGGUGCUAAAGCCCGGAGCCAGAGUUUCAGCACCAACUACAAUGAGAAACCCAACACCAAUAUUCUGGAGGGUCCAGGAAAAAUCAGAACUCAGAUCAUCACCAACUCAACAGAAAGGGGGAACUCUCUGUCGAGACAGAGUUCCCUGGAGGUACCCAGUGUUGGAUUGGCAGAGAGUCCAAUCUAUUCCCCCAGUUUGAGGCCCAACAAUCAAAAUGCACCAUCUGAGAGAACCUCUAAAUUAAUCUCCAAAGGUGAGGAAUCUCAGAGCACAGUGAAGGGACAGAUAGUCACAUCACCCUCUCAGGAGGAGGUGUGCAGUUUGUCCAUCAGCGAAAAAAAUGGUCUAAAUAAUGUAUGUAAGCCUGGACAAGUCACCUCACACUUUCAGCCUCCAGCCUCUUGUCCUUGUAAUUCAGAAAACCUGGUGCGAGAGACAGGAGGCACAGCAACCAGCCCUAAUGAGGAAGAAUUUAGCUCAAGAGUAAAAACCCAGACAGACUCGCCAAACAAACCCCCAGAUAUAGAGGACAAAAAAAAUUGCCCAUCAGCCUGCACUAUUGAAGAGAAGGUCAUGAUGGGAAUUGAAGAAAAUUUGCAAAAAUGUCAAGAACAAGAGAAGGUCGUUGUUAGUGAGGCCAAACAAAAGACGGGUCCCUCGCUGGCAAACUGGUUUGGCUUCCGGAAGAGCAAACUUCCAGCUCUGACUGGAAAGAAAGCAGACUUGCCCAAAGGAAAAGAGGAAAGGAAAGAGACGAAGAUUGGUUUGGUGCUCGGAGGCAAACAGACAAAGUUGGACAAGAAGAAGGAGAAAAAGAAAAAUCACAUUAUGGAGGCGCAGAAUCAUUCAGAGAUGAACAACAAGCUGACCUCCAUCAUGGACCACUGCAACAAUCAAAUGGGCCAGAUUGCCAGUCAGAUCCAGUGCACCACAGCGUUCAUCGGCAAAGACCAGUUUGUGAAAGAGCUUCUUGGCAGAACUGUUGGAAAGGGCAACUUAGUCACUGCAUUGCCGACAGGGAUCGCCACGCCUAAGAAACAUUCUGAGAUGAAGGGAGACAUGAAGAUUUAUCCAGACGCUGCUACCCUCCUAAUGAGUCAGAAGCUCAACAUAAGGGCUGAUAAAGAGUUGCACAUGGCAGAUGCUGCUGGUCAGGACCGCAUGAUGGGUUCCAGCUGUCAGAUGAGAACACUGGACAGUGGGAUUGGCACCUUCCCUCUCCCUGACUCUGUCACAAGAGCCAGCGGACGCCACAUCCCAAAAUGUGACUCCAGCCCGGAUGGGGUGACCGCCGAACUCCAAGCUGAGCCCCCCUCCUCUUCUCCAGAAUGCUCACAACCCAGUGUCAAAGUGCCUUCCCGACCCAACACCAGCCUGCAUGCUCCUGGAAUCUUGGGUCACUCCUUCUCUGACCCAUCCCUUACUUACAGUGGUUCCAAUCCGGAUGCCCAGACCCGAUUGCCCAAACCAGCUGGUGCAAACAGGACCAAGAGAUUGAGUAUGUUUACCCUACGAAGCAGUGGUUCAGCCUCAACUGAGGACAAAGACGAUGAAACUGGGCAGAAGAUUAAAGCAAAGGAGCAUGACAUUUCUGCCGAGAGAGCCCUGCGAUUGUGUACGUACUCAGGCAGCAGCAGUGGCAGCGACACUGAGAUAGAACUUGAGCGACCUGGAAUGACUUUGAGCCCCCUGCAAAGCUCAAGGAUCAACUGCAGCGAAGUGGUUACCUUAGUCGACCCAUGUGAAAAGACACUGAGGAGUGGCAGCGUGGAAAAUUCUCUGUCAAUCAUGGACUUCUACCAACAUGAGAUGUUCUCUCACCUGGAGAAGGACAGAAGGAGGAUCUGCCAGUGUGACCUGUUGCACAAAGAAACACCCUUCAACACAAGUUGUGUCAGUAAGGAAAUUUCGCCGGGGAAGAUGGCCAUCUGCCCCAAACAGCCGGGCUCCCUGGACGUCACCUUGGAGUCAUUUAACAAGCUCAAUCACAGCAGCUUGAGCGUCCAGAAAGAGACCGUCCCAGACGGUGGAAGGCUUGAUUUUUUGUGUGGCAGCAAGGUGGACGAGCCUGCCUCCUCCAGUGGUUUCUCCAGCAAGGCUGGCGCUGAUCCAGCAGGCUCCCUCAGUGACUCGCUCUACAACAGCUUUUCGUCCUGCACCAGCCAGAUCUCCAACGAUGUGUGACAGGAUUUUUUUCCCCAUGCGUGAUUAUUUGGGUGUCCAACAGCAUAGAUUUACAGACUGCUGCGAGCGCUGCUGCUGUCUGCUGAUUUGAAUGACUUCAGUCCUGCACCUCUUCUGUCAAUGAAGAGCCCAACAAAAAAGCACUUAGAGGCGGGAAGUUAAAUCCAGUACUUUGAUGGUAGCAAUACGUGGCUCUUUGCAACUUGUGGUGACCUUUUGGGUUAGCACUGUUUGUUAGCGGUGUCAAGCCAAUGACUAUACUGGCAGUUGCUUUGGAUCUUCCAGGAAAUUUAAUCUGCUGCUAUAUGUGGCCCUUCAUAGUGCAACUGGCUCAGUUUUGUUGUUAACUAAUUUGAUGAGUUCUUCCAAUAUCCAGGAAGUGGACACUUGGUUUGACUUGGUCAAAGUGUCUACCAACAUGUUCUUUGUUGUUUAAAUGCAUCCAUAAAGACGUUUGACAUCUCUUGGCUCGCAUCUUCUUGAGACAAAUGAGGAGGUUAUUCUUUAUUUACGAAACUCCUCUUUAGCUCAGAUUAACAGACUGUUGGUAGCUCAGGGAACAAACUGAACUCAAAUUGAUUGUACCAUCAGGAAGAUGUUGACUCGCAUACAAACACCAUGAAUAGUUUGUUUCUCAGUUUCCGUGAUGCGUAGUCCAACUCAUGCUUGGUUUUCUGAAGCAAACCAGAACCAAACAUCACCUCUCAGACAUAUGAUUAUUUUGUAAAUAAAAGUGCUAUAAGAUAAUAUUGGAAGGGGCUUUGCUGAUUUAUAUAUGCAAAUCUACACACAAAAAAACAUACAUUCUUUUUGCCAAUCUUUCAAAUGUGCUUUUGAAAAUGGCUUGUAACUUUUCUUAUUGAAUUCUUUUGGGGUUCUUGUUUGAAUAGAACUCUUUAUUUUGAUCAAAAAGAGCUCAAAUGUUUUAUUUUAAGACAUAUAUAGGUAAUGUUAUGCCAAAUUCCUAUCUGGAACUUGACCAGCUGGUGCUAAUCAAUACAGCCGACUGCGUGUCGCAAUUUGUAUUAUUAUUAUUAUUAUUAUUUGUUAAUGAAACUGUUGAUAGUGUGCGAGUGCAGAAAGCUUGUGUAUUUUUCUAGGUGUUGACUAUUUAUACCGAUGUUUUUGUACUAUGAGACUGUAGUGUGAUUCACCUCUCUCCUUAAAUGUUCCCUCGGAAAUGGUUACCAGCAGUGUUACUUUGGUAAAUACUAUUAAUUAUUCAUUAUAAUAAAUAUUCCUGCGUGCAAUCUUGUCUGUUACACUAAUGCUCUAUUUUAUGUAACUAUUUCCUAAAUAAAUCUGAAAAAAUCUUU